ACACUUCAAUGACUGUUCUACUUCCUGCUUCGCAGAGCAAACAUCAGUUGGCAGUUCUUGCUUUACUUCACAGAGAGUCUCCGGACCAGGUGUGUCGGGCUGUCCGUUUCAUCAAGAAUGCCAUCAUUGGCAACCCAACAAAGAAACAGUUAUAUCUGCAUUCACUGCAUUUGUCCACUAGCUUACUCGAGUGCUUGAAAAUAUACUCGAAUCAAUUUGAUUUGUGCACAGAAAUCGCCAUAGUGAUUGCAUGUCUUGCUAAUGGCGGCAGCGAAAAUGUAAAUACUCUUGUUGAAGCAGGAGCGAUUCCUCCACUUUUAAAUACGCUUUUAGCAUCAGAUUUGAAAUUAGUAAAUGCUGGUGUACGUGCACUUCGCUCCAUCGUUCAGUAUCCAUCAUUAGUGAUCUCCAAAUCAUUCGAGACCUCUCAUAUUAAAAUUUUGUCCAGACUCAUCUCGGAUACGGACUCAAACGCAUCACCUCUUGUUGUCCAUAUCGCCGAAGUUGCAGCAGGUACUCUUGCUCGUAUUUCAGAAUACCACACUGACAUGCGAGACAGCAUUGCAACGAGUGGUGCUGUUGCAUCGUUGAUUAGAUGGCUAGAUCCGCAGUGGUCCUCAACGCCUCGUGUACAAGAGGCGGCUUUGGAUACUCUCGCAACUCUUUGUCAUAAUAACUCGCAUAUUGCCAAACUCAUUGCAUCAGCAACAUUACCAAAUGGGCAUAAAAUAAUUGAUGUGCUUUUUGCGCUAGUUCGGGAUAAACGGCCAACUAUGCGCAUGGCUGCUUCUACAUGCCUUACAUACAUCCACUGUGCAUCCUGCAUACCACGCAGUCAGUACUCGAGUGUAUUGGCAGUGUUGUUGCCUACGAUAAUUAAACUUUUUGGUGACACGUCGCCUAAUACCCGCAGUGCUGAUACAACGACCACAGCGAUUGGGGAGCGUUCUCUAGUCUUGUUUGCUGAGCUAGUAGCAGGAAGUGACGAUCUUCAAGCUGCAUCUAUCGAGGCAGAUGCAAUUGCCAAACUUGCUCAGAUUAUCAACACAUUAAUGCCGGUUGAUGGGCCUACAACACAGGGACUGAAUGCUAUAAAGCAAAGAAAAUCUACCGCAUCUUGGGAGACCACCUCGUCCACUGCUGCAUCUCUUACAUUUGGAAAUUCAACAACUCGACAACUAGAGUUUGCCCUGCUAGCGAUUGCGAAUGUAUGCUCAUUAAAGGAAGAAUGCCGAAAACAAGUCAUUGAUGUUAAAUUGCUGCCACAAAUUGUCACAUAUCUUGGCCAUAAAAAUGUCGGUAUUAGAAAAAAUGCAUGCAAAUGUGCACGCAGUCUAUCCAGAAGUGUGAAAAUGCUGCGAACGAGUUUGAUGGAUGCCGGUCUUGCACCACCACUUUUUGAGCUUCUGUUUGAUUCCGACAUUGAAGUGCAAAUAGAGGCUUCAGCUACGCUGUGUAAUAUUGUGCUUGAUUUUUCUCCUAUGAAAAAAAUUGUGCUUGAAAAGGGUGGAGUCAAGCGGCUCGUAGAACUGAUUGAUCAGCCAGAUGCUAUGUUGCGGAGGAAUGCACUUUGGGCUUUGAAGAAUAUGCUGUUUCAAACUGACUCGAUCACCAAAAAUACUGUCAUGGAGCAUCUUGGCUGGGAUAAACUGCUAAGACUUUUGGACGAUGAGGAUAUUGUUGUGCAAGAGCAAGCCCUUAACUUGGUGCGAAAUGCUGCAUGUGGAAAUGAGCAGGAUGUUGAAGUAGUUUUUAAUGGAUUUCGUGGCACCGAUCUCCUCGGACUUCUUGAGCGCAAACUCAGCACCAUGCCAAGUAAUCAUGACAUUGUAACUCAGAUACUUUAUAUUGUGGUUAAUUUGGCUAUUGGAACUGCUGAACGCAAAGCCAGUAUCAUGUCAAAAACAGAGCUUUUAAAGCGUGUUUUUGAAUAUAUGGAUCAUGAACAUACUGAAAUCCGUCUCGCGUCAGUGUGGUGUGCGAUCAACCUUACAUGGAUUGACGAUGAAAAUGUGCAAAGUCGUGUUAUGCAGCUUUGCCAACUUGGUCUAGAGGAUCUUUUAACUCGUCGGUUGAAUGAUGAAAGCCUGGACGUGAAGGAUCGGGCCAAAACUGCGUUGGCAAAUAUUCAAGGACUGACCCAGCCUGCUGUUUUUCCUGCAACAGCUCCUCAUGGAGGGCCUUUAUCAAUGUCAAGCUCUAUCAUACCGGACACAAACGAAGCAAUAAGCACAGAUCGUCCAUCUGGCACAUUGCUUUAAACGAUUUUGGUCAAGAUUGGGGACUAGUCUUUUAAUUUCAAUCACUUAUCAAAAAUAAAACAAACCGCUUUAUUAU